CCUGUUAUUUUCUCACCUGCACCUGUUUCUCCUCUUUUGUUUUGCCUCUGGACACGCUGCCCCCGUAAACGACCAUCACCAGCACCGGCGGGCUUUGUGAAAUCGCCUCUUUCUGAGACUAAGCUCACAGGUGACACCUUUGAGCUGUACUGUGACGUGGUAGGUAACCCCACCCCCGAAAUCCAGUGGUGGUACUCUGAGAUCAACCGAGCCGACUCUUUCAGGCAGCUGUGGGAUGGCGCCCGGAAGCGGCGGGUGUCCAUCAGCACCGCCUACGGCAUCAAUGCUGUGAGUGUGUUGGGGGUAUCGCAUCUCACGCUAGACGAUUCUGGGACGUACGAGUGCAGAGCCAGCAAUGACCCGCGGCGUAAUGACCUCCACCAAAAUCCAGCCACCACCUGGAUCCGUGCUCAGGCCACUAUAACAGUGCUGCAGAAGCCGUCGAUCGCUGCCUCCGAACACAUCACGCUUCCAGUGGAAGGAGAAGGCCUCACGCUGCAGUGCAACCUGACCAGCGCCCACAGCACCGCCCAGGAAAGCUUCUGGAUGAAGAACGGCGAGGAGAUCCCGGAAACGCGCGACUCAAGCAAGAACACUGAGUACAGGGUGAACAGACCAAGAGCAGACGACGCUGGAGUGUACAUGUGUGUCUACACCUUCAGCAUGGCUCCUUCGGCCAACGCCACCAUCGAAGUUAAAUCUGCUCCUGAGAUUGUAGGCCACAAACGUAGUGAGAAUAAGAACGAGGGCGAGCACGCUAUACUCCACUGUAAGUCUGUGGGCUAUCCUCACCCUGUGUGGUCCUGGCGCAGGAACGACAAGGACUUUGAAAACACAACACGCAUCUACAUCGUCAGCAAAGACAACUACACAGAGCUCCACAUUCUGAACCUGGACAUUAAUGAAGAUCCAGGCGUGUACGUCUGCAACGCCACCAACAUGAUUGGCCACACUACUGAGAAAUCUGUGCUGAGGGUUCGCAGCCGCUUGGCCCCCUUAUGGCCUCUCCUGGGGGUUUUGGCUGAGAUCAUCAUCCUGGUCAUCAUCAUCGUUGUUUAUGAGAAGCGCAAGAAGCCAGAAGAUUUACAAGACGCUGGACCAGUGAAAACUAACUCAACCAACAACCACAAAGACAAGAAUCUCCGCCAGAGGAAUACAAACUGAGCAGCCUGUCUGCUGAGUCUCAUUACACAUGUAUUGACCAUAUGAAGGUAAACAAGAAUGGACUCCAUACCCGUUGUUUAUAGGACGCAUCUGCCAUUAAAAGUAUGGUUGUGGAGGAAUUAAAUGAGGCAUGCCUUAUGAUUUUAUUGUGUAAGGGUGUGAGGUCAGGAGGUACCCAAACCAUUAUAGAGUUGUUAACAUUAUAACCAUUGUGACUGCAUGCGGCUGUUGACGUUUAUUAUUUUUCCCCACCCUCUUAACCACUAAUUUAACAUGUUUACUACUUCUAAAAAUAAUGCAUGCAAGACGUUGACCUUCUGUUUGAUGCAGAAAUGGCUUUUUUUUGGUUUUGGUUUGUUUUUUCUCUGAGAGUGGCUUCAUUUUAAUAAUCUGUACUGUGUGUUUUAGAGGAAAAACGACACUCAGCAAAAGAAAAUACCACCAUAAUCUGGUAUGACAGAUGUGUACAGUUUUAUCAUCCUGCUGCAUACCAUUGGUUCAUUUUAUCCGACAGUAUCUAUUACAUUUAAGGGCUUUGCAAUGUCCCUCUAAAUUUGAUUAAGAUCUACUGUAUGUAUGUACUGUAUGUAUUAAAUCACAAUAACUAUGUAUCAGAUCACCAUUAAUAUAAAGACUAUCCAUAUUAUAUGAUGCACUUAAAUGUUGAAAAGUAUGAAAAAAACCUGUAUAAAAGCCUACUUUAGGAAAUCUGUACUAAUCAUUCUAACGGAUUAUUUUAUAAUUAUGUGUGUUGUACAGCAUGGCUAUUAUCCUAUGCAAUUAUCAUCCAUAUCAAUAUAUUGCAAAUCAUUGCAGCUUUUGAUUUCUCUGUGACAAAGCUUUAAUCUAGUAGGAUCACCGUAGAGCGUUGAUGGCACACAACACAGCUGCAUGAAUUCUCGACAGCUUACGUGGGGCAGAAAGGAAAGCCCGCGUCCGAGCUGACACAUGUGAAGCAAUUCCAAGAUCCCGAGUCAUUUUUAAAAAUAAAUAUUUUAAAAACUCAAA